AAAAAUAAAGAAACUUUUGUAAAUUAUUAUCUCUAUAAAUUAAUAAAAUUUCAAAAUCUCAAUAUUAUUAAUUUACAGGGAUUUUACUGUAAAUACAUACUUAUUAAUUUAUAGAAGUUUUACGGUAAAUACAUACUUACAAAUAUAAGAUAAAUUGACCCCAUUUUAUCCGGGGACAAAUUAUUGUCGGGCUUUGCAAAUGAAAUGGGCCAAUUGACUGAAACCAAUGAGACCCAGUUACGACCAGAACUUCCGUUUCCAGAAAACUGUUGAGUUGACGAAAAAAGACAUUGAGUGGCACGCACGUUCCACUUUUCUACCACAACAAAGGAUAAGAGUUUUUUUUUAUCGCCGACCAUAUCUCCGGAGUAGUAGACAAGUAGAUAAACUCAAGCUUCUUGCAUUAAUUAGGACCUUAUUGAAUGGUCUUUUAGUUUUGUAAUGGGAUGCAUUUGCGCCACCGCCCGUACUCCAACCGCCGCCGUAGCCAACAACGAGCUCUUAGACUCUAGCAAGUCCACCCUUCAUCUCAUCUCUCAUCCGCCAUCGUCUUCCUCUUCUUUAUCCAAAAAGGAAGGCUCUUUCACACGUCCCAGCUCUGUAUCUUCCAUCACCGUCGUGGCCAAUGGUCAUCCAGUGGUGCGUCGUCCGUCCACGUCAUCUGAUCGAAACGGUAACAAGCCAGUGGUCAUUGUGGGAGCUCCGAGUAGGAACCACUCCAGAAGAGUCACGGCUAUGCCCGCGGUGCAACAGUCAGGGCGUUUGACUCCAGAAUGGCCAUCUUGGCUAGCUUCUGUUGCUGGAGAAGCCAUCAAGGGAUGGGUUCCUCGCUACGCAGACUCAUAUGAGAAGUUAGACAAAAUUGGACAAGGGACUUACAGCAGCGUGUACAAAGCAAGAGACCUGGAAACGGGAAAGGUUGUGGCGAUGAAGAAAGUUCGGUUUGUGAAUAUGGAUCCAGAGAGUGUUAAGUUUAUGGCUAGGGAGAUUCUCAUUCUUCGUAAGCUUGAUCACCCUAACGUCAUGAAGCUUGAAGGUCUUGUCACAUCUAGACUCUCGGGUAGUCUCUACCUUGUCUUUGAGUACAUGGAACAUGACCUCGCAGGUCUAGCCGCAACUCCUGGAAUCAAAUUCUCUGAAACUCAGAUCAAGUGCUAUAUGCAACAACUGUUCCGUGGUCUAGAACAUUGCCACAGACGAGGCAUCCUCCACCGUGACAUCAAGGGAUCGAACCUGUUGAUUAACAACGAAGGUGUUCUGAAGAUUGGUGAUUUCGGUUUGGCGAAUUUUUACCGAGGUGAUGGAGACUUGCAGCUGACCAGCCGCGUUGUAACCUUAUGGUACAGAGCGCCUGAGCUGUUACUCGGUGCUACUGAGUAUGGACCAGCCAUAGACCUAUGGAGCGCAGGCUGCAUUCUCACUGAGCUCUUCGCCGGAAAGCCUAUUAUGCCAGGACGCACAGAAGUUGAGCAGAUGCACAAGAUCUUUAAGCUAUGUGGUUCACCUUCGGAAGAUUACUGGAAGAGAGCAACUCUGCCACUUGCAACAAGCUUUAAACCUAGUCACCCUUACAAGCCUCUUCUUGCGGAAACCUUCAAUCACUUCCCUGCAUCUGCUCUGACCCUCAUCAAAAGGCUACUGGCUAUAGAACCUGAGAGACGUGGCUCAGCUGCUUCUACCUUGAGGAGUGAAUUCUUCACCACGGAGCCGCUCCCUGCUGAUCCAUCAAACUUACCUAGAUACCAACCAAGCAAGGAGCUUGACGCUAUGCUUCGCAACGAAGAAGCAAGAAAACUAAGGGCAGAGGAUAAGAAGAGAAGAAGGGGAGAGACUGUGACAAGAGGACAACCAAAAGAUGUUAAAACUGUUCAGACACCUGAGUUGAUGGCCGCAGGGCAGUCCAAGGUCACGUGCAUAAGCCACAAGUUUAGAACAGACGAGGAAGGUGGAACCGGGUUUAGGAUCGAACCACCUAGAAGAGGGGGAUCUCAGCAGAAUGGCUACGUUCAGGCUUCUUCAGUGGUUCACCCAAGUGUUGCUGAUACUGAAUGGAACAGAGGAGGAAGCAUCAAGAGGCAAACUAAUGCAGAUAUGAAGUCUAGGAUAGUACAGACAGGAAACUUGUCUGGUGGUUCCAAUAGAGAUUACUCAACAGGAAACGCGCCAAUGAAAAACAGAAUCAUUUACUCAGGACCACUGAUGCCUCCUGGUGGGAAUCUUGAAGAAAUGCUAAAAGAGCACGAGAAGCAGAUCCAACAAGCUGUCCGCAAAGCCCGUGUCGAAAAGUAUGGAUAAAAGAAGAACCAAGCAUUAGCAAGGUAGCGGCAGCAGCAGCGUUACACCGAAGAAAUGAUCGGUAAACUAAAAGAGAGAGAGAAAUGAACAGGAAGAAGAAAUUUAAACAACAAUAACACAAGUUUUGAGGAUUCAUCAAGCCAUAGAAACUCAUAAGCGUUUUUGUGCUUGCCCCUUCUCUGCGUGAAGCCAGGGAUUUGAUGCAAUGUAUAGUCAUUUUUGUUUCUUAGGCCAACAAGAUUGACCACACUAUAAAUGUUGUACAGACACGCAAGGUCUAUAUUGAGUUGAGUCAAGCAAACAUGUGUGUUGCAACCUAUGUCCUCAUCACAACCCAACCAGUGUAUUCAUUUUGUAGAACUAUCCAUCUCGGUUAGGUACUAGCUACGAUAUGUUGUGGCUCUUUCAGAGACCCACAACUACUAUCCGAAAUAUACGGUUGGAUAGACCUACAACUAUACAUUAAUGUUGAAAAAUGCACAUUUAGUUUGCAAAUCUCUUAUUUAUUUCUAUUUCUACAAAGUAAAAAAUCAAUUUAUAAAAAUUAAAAAGUAUAAAAUUUAUAAAUUCAAUGCAUAUUUUUUUUGCAAAUUUUCUCAUAACAUAAGAUUUUUAGAAUUUUCUCUGCUAAAACCGAUGGGUCUCAGAGCAUCUCCAAAAGAAACUCUAUUUCGAAGUUUUCAAAACUCUAUAUUUGACGUUUAAAAGUGUUU